GGGACCCCAUGUCGCGGCUUGCACCCACCACCGCCAACACCCAGUGCCCCAACAGCUGGUCAGGGAGAAGGCUCUCCCGCCAUAUACCGGCACCUCCACGGCCCUCACAUGCAACCUGCUGUGCCCAGCUUCACCCCUCAGGGACUGAGGGCACUUCUCUGCCCGGGGAUGCCACCAGCCACGGAGGCCAGGGAACAACACCCACAUGAGUGCUGGAGCAGUGAGCAGCUGAGAGGAGAUACCCCAUGUCCAGUGCCCAGGAGGAGAUACCCCAAGUUCAACGUCAGGAGCAGUGACUGUGAUGUGCUGGAGCAGCCGUGAAGAGAUAUCCCAUGUCCAAGGAUGUAUUGUCCAGAAGGCGAGGAGAAAGAUCCCUCGGAGGUCAAGAAGAUCAGUGACCAGCUGGUUAAAGAGGGUUAGUUGUUGGCCACAUAAUAGGGUGCACGCUCUCACUGACCCAGAUGAAGAGCUCCCUGAGGGGCAGGUGGAGGAGGUAUCCAAUUCAACGCUGGAGGAAGAGGCUCUGCCCAGCUCUGUGACAUGUGAAGCAGACAACGAACAUGCUUCCCAGGAGAGUCUGGUGAUGGCACCCUUCCAGGACUUGCCUGAGGUACAGGCUCUGAGUACUGUGAACUCACAGGAAUCUGGGGAAGCCAGUGAACACGCUUCCCAGGAGAGUCUGGUGAUGGCACCCUUCCAGGACUUGCCUGAGGUACAGGCUCUGAGUACUGUGAACUCACAGGAAUCUGGGGAAGCCAGUGAACACGCUUCCCAGGAGAGUCUGGUGAUGGCACCCUUCCAGGACUUGCCUGAGGUACAGGCUCUGAGUACUGUGAACUCACAGGAAUCUGGGGAAGCCAGUGAACACGCUUCCCAGGAGAGUCUGGUGAUGGCACCCUUCCAGGACUUGCCUGAGGUACAGGCUCUGAGUACUGUGAACUCACAGGAAUCUGGGGAAGCCAGUGAACACGCUUCCCAGGAGAGUCUGGUGAUGGCACCCUUCCAGGACUUGCCUGAGGUACAGGCUCUGAGUACUGUGAACUCACAGGAAUCUGGGGAAGCCAGUGAACACGCUUCCCAGGAGAGUCUGGUGAUGGCACCCUUCCAGGACUUGCCUGAGGUACAGGCUCUGAGUACUGUGAACUCACAGGAAUCUGGGGAAGCCAGUGAACACGCUUCCCAGGAGAGUCUGGUGAUGGCACCCUUCCAGGACUUGCCUGAGGUACAGGCUCUGAGUACUGUGAACUCACAGGAAUCUGGGGAAGCCAGUGAACACGCUUCCCAGGAGAGUCUGGUGAUGGCACCCUUCCAGGACUUGCCUGAGGUACAGGCUCUGAGUACUGUGAACUCACAGGAAUCUGGGGAAGCCAGUGAACACGCUUCCCAGGAGAGUCUGGUGAUGGCACCCUUCCAGGACUUGCCUGAGGUACAGGCUCUGAGUACUGUGAACUCACAGGAAUCUGGGGAAGCCAGUGAACACGCUUCCCAGGAGAGUCUGGUGAUGGCACCCUUCCAGGACUUGCCUGAGGUACAGGCUCUGAGUACUGUGAACUCACAGGAAUCUGGGGAAGCCAGUGAACACGCUUCCCAGGAGAGUCUGGUGAUGGCACCCUUCCAGGACUUGCCUGAGGUACAGGCUCUGAGUACUGUGAACUCACAGGAAUCUGGGGAAGCCAGUGAACACGCUUCCCAGGAGAGUCUGGUGAUGGCACCCUUCCAGGACUUGCCUGAGGUACAGGCUCUGAGUACUGUGAACUCACAGGAAUCUGGGGAAGCCAGUGAACACGGCUCUACGCUGAGUCCCUGAAGACCUGGACCCCAUUUUGGACCCCAGAGGGAAUGGAGCCCCGACAACACCAGGAGCCUCAUCUGCACCAGACCGAAGGAGGCCUCACAGCUUCUUUCCUGAGGGCCCUCAUUUAGUAUAACUUAAGUUGUUUUGUUGUAUAGAUUUAGUAUUAGUUUUAUCUACAGUUUUAUCUACAAGUUCUGUAUGUAUCUGUAUGUUCAAUAUUUAUAGAUAAGGUGUUUCAUUAGAGUUUUUAAUCUA